AUGACGAGGAAUACACCCGGUGUGGAAUCAAAGGCCAUUGGGCCCAUGUUUGUCGCACAGCCAGUCACUUGGCUGUAUUGUAUCGGGCCUAAAAAAAGGCAGGGAAGAGUUUUUGCCAAAACAAACCAUGCUGCCCGUGAUGACACAUUUGAUGAUGAUGAGAAUGUUCAUUUGAUUGGGAUAUGCGGUAUGGGUGGUGUGGGGAAGACUACUUUGGCCAAAAAAGUUCGAUAUAAAGCGAAGGAGAAAUUGGGUUUAUUCAAAGAAGCUGUAAUGGUUGUUGUCGGUCAAAAUGUUGAUCUGAUGAAAAUUCAACGUGAGAUUGCUGAAUGCUUGGGUUUGAAUGAGAUUAAGGAUGUUGAAUCAUACCAAGCUAGAGCACAUAAACUACGUGAGAGACUAAUUGGCACAAGAGCUCGAAUUCCUUGUAAAAGCGAGUCCGAAGGCUGCUCUGUUUUAAUAACUACUCGGAGAAGAGAUCUGUUGAAAGAAAUGGAUGUUCAGAUUGUUGAGAUGGAAACCUUGUCUGAAGAGGAAGCGUGGUCCCUCUUUCAAGCGAAAGCUGGAGAUUGCGUGAAUAACUCAGAUAUACAGUCUAUAGCCAAAGAAGUAGUGAAAGAGUGCAAUGGUUUGCCUCUUGCAAUUAUAAAUGUCGGCAUGGCUAUGAAAGACGAAAAUAACUGUGACAAAUGGGAGAGAGCAUUGGAUCGACUAAAAUGUCCCAACCCAAGAAACAUAGGUGAUACUUUAAAAGAAAUUUAUAACCCAUUGAGGCUAAGUUAUAAUUACUUGAAAGAUGAGGAUAGCAAAUCCUUGUUGCAGCUCAGCAGUCAAUUUCCUGAGGAUUUUAAUAUUAGCCUCGAGGACCUAAUCUUAUGCAGCUUUGGGUUAUGGAUGUCGGAAGAAGGUUGUAAUUUGAGAUAUGCAAGAAGUAGAGUUUAUGAUUCAAUUGAUAAGCUUAAAAGUAAUUUCUUGCUAAUGGACAGAGACUGGAAUAACACUAUCAAAAUGCAUGAUGUGGUUUGUGAUGUGGUUAGAUUUAUCGCAUCUGAAGAUGGCUUGGUCGAUUUGCAGCAUGAGUCGAGGGGAUAUUAUUCUUCUAGUUGCAAAUGGAUAUUGGAAUUUCCGGAAAAGGAUAGUGAUUUUCUUAAAUACCUUUUGGGGCCUAAUUUUCCAAGUCUUCAGCUUUUGCUCCUACAAAAAAGAGAAUGGUGGGACUCAAUUUUCAAUGAGCAACGGGUUGACUUCAGGAGAGUGAGUUACUAUAUGUCACAUGGUCAGUCAAAUGCUUUAGAGAUAAGUGACUUUUCCUUUAUGGAGACAAUGAAAGAGCUUCGCGUGUUGUCUUUCAAAGAAAUAUCGUGCAAAUCACUGCCACAAGCAAUUUUGUUGCUGAAAAAUCUUCGGACAUUGCGGCUAAACAAUUGCCCAUUGGAAAAGAUUGAUGUUGUUGGCACGUUGUUAAGUCUUGAAAUAUUGAGUUGUGUUUGGUGUCCAAAUAUUCAUGAGAUACCUCUUGGGAUAGGGAUGUUGAAGAGGUUCAGAUGUUACAUAGUUUCAAGGGAUGGGAAAUCAACAAAGCUCAAUGAAACGAAGAGAAAAAAUGCCACUCUCAAAGAGCUUGAGUCAUUACGCAAGCUAACAUGCCUCGAGAUUCAAAUUGAGGAUGUUAGUUUGCUCGAGGAGGAGAUUCAGCUUCCACGUGUACAAAGGUAUAAAGUUUUAUUUGGAGAAGAGGAUCGUAGGAUUCCAGAGAAAGCUUUGAUUUUGCAUGGAUUAUCAAAAGAGAACAUUCAUAUUCCAAAUUGGAUCAUUGGACUUGAAAGGAAUACUGAUGUGCUAUCUUUAGAAGGAGAUGGUUCGAUAAACUUUCAUCUUUCACAAGUCCAUAACACUAUUAAGUCUUUGAAAGUUCGGGAAUGUGGAAUGCUCAAGUCAUUGAGUCCAAAUCAACAAGUUAUGCUCAACAACUUGGUUGAGGUACGCUUGGUAGAAUGCAAUGAGCUACAAAAUCUCUUCUCUUUUAGCAAAGACUUCCCCUCAAAUCUUGAAAAGCUCCUUAUCAGGAAUUGCAAGAAGAUGAAACAAGUGUUUGUUAAUGGACACACAAGUCAUGUUCUUGUCCCGAAAUUGAAGAUGCUACAACUAUCCAAGUUACCAAAUCUUACUAGUUUUAGCAAAGCAACGGCUAGCAUUGAGUUUCCAAUGUUAGAGGAGUUGAUGAUACAGAAAUGUCCAAAAUUUGUAAAUUUUGUGGAAAGCAGUGAGAAGAAAGAGGAAGGAAACACCGACGAGAAUAGCCCAAUUACUCUUUACCUAUUUGAUCUCGAGAAGGUUAAAUUCGGUAGAUUGGAAAAGUUAACCAUAUUUGAUUGCAACAAUAUCAAAACUUUGUGUACAAUUUCAGUAAUUGAUCAUUUUGUCAAUCUCAAAAAAUUGUGGAUUAAAGAGUGCAAAAUCAUGGAACAAGUGAUAGCAAUUAAGAAAAGGGGAUGUGAAAGUUUGAUUGUAAAAGAUGAGGUGAUGGAAGGACUUCUAAAAAAGAAUGAGAAUGAAGAUGAUGAGAUGACAAACUACAUUGUUUUGAACACCAUGCAUUGA